GGAUAUGUUCGGUCCUUGCACACCCUACUCUAAUAUACCCUACUCUAAUAUUUACUCCUCUCUCUCUCUCAACUCUCGUCAGUCAUUAUCGGCUCCUCACCCAGCGCCCCAAUCUUACAGCGUCAGCCACCUGCGUUAGUCGUCGCCCAACGCCCUAGUCUUCUAGUCGUCAGUCGUCGCCCAGCGUCCCAUUCUCGUCAAUCACUGUAAUUGUCUCUCCCCACUCUCGUCACUCGUUACUCGACUCUGAAGCUUGAAAUCCGCCCGCAAAUGGUUUGCGGAUAAUAUAAUACUGUGCUGCCAAGGUGUAUGCUUGUUUUGAAUUUCAAGGUCGAGAAACCGUUUGCCGAUAAUAUCUUCUGCUAAUUUACAGCGCCAAAUUUUGAAUUGCCUUAAAAUUUCACGGAAGAUUGACGAAUAUCGUUUUCCAUUGUUUGUAAUCACUUUCUGCGUGGAGGAGAAAUGGAGCAUUGCAUGGACAUUGACACAGAGGUUGCCUUUCCUGAGUUCACAUUAGCAGAGAUUUUGGAAAUGGAGAGAAUGUUCAAGGAAAAAGGAGUAAAGACUUUUGAUCAGGAGUUCUGUGAAGAGGUUGCUGCAAAGUUCAGCUCUUCACCAUAUCGUACUGGGAUAUCUGUAAUAGCUUGGGAACAGGUUAAAACUUGGUUCACCAACAAGCAAAGUGGACUAGAAGAAAAAGCUACUCUCUUAUCUCUCAUUAGCACAACAAAUGCGACUCCUUGUGUACGAAGAAGACCAAAGAAAAUUGUCUCUUCCAUUAGGAAGUUAGCUUCACAAUAUGCAUCUGAAAAAUAUGAGAAUCCCAUUGGUGAAAGGGCAACAGAGCUCUCAGACUUGGCUUUUGAAGCUCUCUCAGCAAAGGACUUAGCUUGGUAUGACGUUGCUACAUUCUUAAACUACCGAGUUACUUAUUCGGGCGACCUUGAGGUUCGUGUGAGAUUUUCUGGAUUCAGGAACGAUCAAGAUGAGUGGGUGAGUGUUAGAAAGGGAGUUCGUGAGCGCUCCAUCCCCCUAGCUCAUUCAGAAUGUGAGAAAGUGGAGCCCGGGGAUCUUGUACUAUGCUUCAGGGAAAACGAAGUUUAUGCAUAUGCUUUAUACUGUGACGCACACAUUGUUGAAAUAGAAAGAAGAGCACAUGAUAUCUCCGGCUGCACGUGCAUCUUUCUCGUUCGGUAUGACUUUGACAACUUUGAGGACAAAGUAGAGAGUCACAAGAUAUGUCGCAGGCCAACCAAAAGAAAGGAUUAGCUAAGGUGUAAUUUUCUCAAGUUUGCAGCAUUUAUUAACUAGAAGUCCGAAGAGAUCCUAAACUUAAAAUGUUGUUUUCUAGUACCCAUCUGAGCUAUAAUCUCCAACGUAUUCGUUCUUCAGCUGUUGUCCCGUCGAGGAAAACCAGAACUUUCCAUUUUCUCGAGAUCGUCUGUCUAUAAAGAACACAUGCAUUGGACCAGCCAUGAAGUGCUCUUUAGUUCAGCUGUUGCUGUUGGAGAUGUUGAUAAAGCUUUAACUGUUCCUUGUGACAGCUCCAUUUUUGUUAUGACUUUUGUUGAUGGACUUCAUUAUAUGGAAAAUGCUACUAUAAUCACACUAUGGAUGACAACUAUCUUAUGAGUUUGUUCACACUGACACUGCAAAUCUUUGUGUGUUAUACCGCGUGUGUGAAUAAAAUUCACAAACGGUUGUCAUCCAUGGUGUCAAAUUUGGGGUUUGAAUAACAACAUUCAGCAAGU